AUUUCGAGUUGACAAAAAGGUCAACAGAUCGAAAAGGCAAUCGAUGCAAUGACGCACUGGCACCUGCAAUCACAUGCAGAACUUGGCGCCAACAAGCAAAUCCAGUACAUGCAACCCCCCAAAUGAGAAUAGCAUACAUAAGGAGUCGAACAUCAGCAACAAGAGGAAUAUAUGCAACUUAUCAAUCGCCAGAAAUGCAAGCACUAUAUCCAAUGAGCUACAACAGACAAUCAGCAGAACAACAUGGAAACAGACAGAGAUACCGAACCUCACAAGGCAAUUAUCCUUCUUUCCCAGUCAUAAACAACCUAAUCAUGAGCGCAAAUCUGGAAAAUCAAAACAAUGAAAUGAUAAGUAACGUUGGAGUGAUGACAUACAAAGUAACAGCCAGAAGGUUCCUAGCAAUAAAUUACAGUAUAAUAAAGAAUAUGCCAACAGUUCAAGGGUUCUCAAACCCAAAAGCAGUAGAGACAGAACGUAUUCGGUCAUGGUGGGUUAUGAACUGGAAGGAAGGACAAAAAAUGAUAAAAAUGAUUCCACAAAAGCCAACCUUGACUCACAAACUAUGGAAGGCGCUAGCUUUUGGUUCAUUCGUGAACCUUCAUGAAUUCAUACAUAAAAACCUAAUUGACAGUAUGAAAGAAAUGAAUGACAACACUACAUUAGAAACUUCAGAAGGUGGAAUGAUCUCUAUAAAGAAACGGAAGCACAAUACAACCUUUGGAAACAUAUCUGAGUGGUUAUUAGCAUUCAAAGCAUAUAUGGAUGCAGUAUUAAUGUUAUAUAAAAAUCGUGAACAAGAACUAAACACAUAUAGAGAUCAUAUAAAUGAGCUAUGUAUCAAAUAUGAAUUUGCAGCUGUCAUGGAAUAUGAUGAAGAUCGUAGAGUGGCUUUAGUAAUGGACCGUGAUUCCACUCUUCAAGACAGAAAUAUAGAAGCAGAAGGCAAAAAUUUUGAUAUGACAAUGACAAGAAAAACAUAA